AUGAGAUUGUCUUCAGCUGGGUUCAAUCCUCAACCUCAUGAAGGAGAGAAAAGAGUUCUAAAUUCUGAGCUGUGGCAUGCUUGUGCUGGUCCUCUUGUCUCUCUACCUCCUGUUGGAAGCAGAGUUGUGUAUUUCCCUCAAGGUCACAGUGAACAGGUCGCUGCUUCGACCAACAAAGAAGUGGAUGCUCAUAUUCCAAACUACCCGAGCUUACAUCCCCAGCUUAUCUGUCAGCUUCACAAUGUCACAAUGCAUGCUGAUGUGGAGACUGAUGAAGUCUAUGCACAGAUGACUUUGCAACCGUUGAAUGCGCAAGAGCAAAAAGAUCCUUACCUUCCGGCGGAAUUAGGUGUUCCGAGUAGGCAGCCUACGAACUACUUCUGUAAAACUCUGACUGCUAGUGAUACCAGCACUCAUGGAGGUUUCUCUGUGCCUCGCCGUGCUGCUGAGAAAGUUUUCCCUCCCUUGGAUUACUCCCAGCAGCCUCCAGCUCAAGAGUUGAUGGCGAGGGAUCUGCACGAUAACGAGUGGAAGUUCCGGCAUAUCUUCCGAGGCCAACCAAAGAGGCAUCUCCUUACUACGGGUUGGAGCGUAUUCGUGAGUGCUAAAAGGCUUGUCGCUGGUGACUCCGUGCUUUUCAUCUGGAACGAUAAGAAUCAGUUGCUUCUUGGUAUAAGACGAGCCAACAGGCCACAAACUGUCAUGCCUUCAUCUGUUUUGUCAAGUGACAGUAUGCAUUUAGGCCUUCUUGCUGCGGCAGCUCAUGCAGCUGCUACAAACAGCCGCUUCACCAUCUUCUAUAACCCGAGGGCGAGUCCAUCAGAGUUUGUCAUACCACUUGCAAAAUACGUGAAAGCGGUUUAUCACACUCGCGUCUCUGUUGGCAUGCGGUUUAGGAUGCUGUUUGAAACAGAAGAGUCAAGUGUUCGUCGGUACAUGGGUACAAUAACUGGCAUUUGUGAUCUUGACUCUACUCGUUGGGCUAAUUCUCAUUGGCGCUCCGUCAAGGUUGGAUGGGAUGAGUCUACUGCAGGAGAGAGGCAACCAAGGGUUUCCUUGUGGGAGAUUGAGCCUUUAACGACAUUCCCAAUGUAUCCAUCUCCUUUUCCUCUCAGGCUUAAACGUCCGUGGCCUCCAGGUCUCCCAUCUUUCCACGGUCUUAAAGAAGAUGAUAUGGGUAUGGGUAUGAGCUCGCCGCUAAUGUGGGAUAGAGGACUUCAGUCUCUAAACUUUCAAGGUAUGGGAGUAAACCCCUGGAUGCAGCCGAGGCUUGAUGCUUCUGGCUUGCUUGGUAUGCAAAACGACGUUUACCAAGCAAUGGCUGCAGCUGCUCUUCAAGACAUGAGAGGCAUUGAUCCUGCCAAAGCUGCUGCUUCACUUCUUCAGUUCCAAAAUCCCUCAGGAUUCUCAAUGCAGCCUCCGUCUUUAAUGCAGCCUCAGAUGCUCCAACAGCAACUCUCUCAGCAACAGCAGCAGCAACAGCAACAGCAACAGGCGUAUCUCGGCGUUCCUGAAACCCACCAGCCUCAAUCUCAAGCUCAGUCACAGUCAAACAAUCUUCUUUCUCAGCAGCAACAGCAGCAGCAAGUGGUGGAUAAUCAUAAUCCUUCUGCUUCCAGUGCUGUUUCUGCUAUGUCUCAGUUUGGUUCUGCUUCUCAGUCCAACACGUCACCACUUCAGUCCAUGAACUCGUUGUGUCAUCAGCAAAGCUAUUCAGAAGCUAAUGGAGGAAACAAUCCGAUUUCUCCGCUCCACACUCUUCUCAGUAACUUCUCUCAAGAUGAGUCUUCUCAACUGCUCAACCUCACAAGAACAAACUCUGCCAUGACUUCAUCCGGUUGGCCAUCAAAGCGUCCCGCAGUUGAGUCAUCGUUCCAGCACUCUGGAGCCGGUAACAACACUCAGUCUGUGAUGGAGCAGUUGGGACAGUCCCACACAAGCAACGUUCCUCCAAACGCUGUCUCGUUGCCUCCAUUCCCCGGUGGAGGAAGAGAGUGCUCGAUCGAGCAAGAAGGAAGCGGCUCAGACCCGCAUAGCCAUCUUCUCUUUGGAGUCAACAUAGAUUCAUCUUCUCUUUUGAUGCCAAACGGAAUGUCAAACCUUAGAAGCAUUGGCAUUGAAGGCGGCGACUCCACGACUUUACCCUUCACAUCAUCCACGUUCAACAACGAUUUCUCUGGUAAUCUUGCAAUGACAACACCCUCUAGUUGCAUAGACGAGUCAGGUUUUCUUCAAUCCUCGGAAAACAUCGGUUCUGACCAACAAUCUAAUACAUUUGUGAAGGUGUACAAGUCAGGAUCUUUUGGAAGAUCUUUAGAUAUAACGAAGUUUAGCAGCUACCACGAGCUGCGAAGCGAGCUUGCUCGCAUGUUUGGCCUUGAAGGCCAGUUAGAAGACCCUGUGAGAUCAGGCUGGCAGCUUGUAUUUGUUGACCGAGAGAACGAUGUUCUUCUCCUCGGCGAUGACCCUUGGCCGGAGUUUGUGAGCAGCGUGUGGUGCAUCAAGAUAUUGUCACCGCAAGAAGUGCAGCAAAUGGGGAAAAGAGGACUUGAGCUUCUCAACUCCGCGCCAUCGUCCAACAAUGUCGAUAAGCUCCCGAGCAACGGGAACUGCGACGACUUUGGGAACCGGUCAGACCCGAGGAACCUCGGUAACGGUAUCGCAUCAGUAGGGGGUUCGUUCAACUACUAG